CCAGAACCGCGCAGGCAACAAGGGCGCCGGCGUCGCAGGCGCCAGCGAGGCCAAUGUCGACCGCCGCGAACGCCUGCGCAAGCUGGCGCUCGAGACGAUCGACAUCAACAAGGUGUGUGGCGCGCAAUGCGACGGGCGGCAGAGCACACCGAGCGACAGCAGGACGUGGGGCCAAAUGGCGACGCGCGCGAGGUGUGCGGUGGUGCGGCGUCGGCGCAGGAGGAGCGCGGCACGGGCACAGGCGAAGGCCGCUGAGGGGACGGCGUGGCGCGCGGCGAGCAGGCGGGCAGAACAUCGAGGGGUAGCCGCUGGCUUGACAGGUUGUGCAUCGCGGCAGCCGCUUGCACGCUUCCGCCAAGUGUGCUGCAAGCGGGGCGCCAAGAGCGCCAGUGUGCGCUCGCAGUGCUUGCGGCAGUCCGCUAAUCGCUCGUGACGACCUAGGGCACUGGCUGCAGCCGCAAGGACGAGCCGCAGGCGUGAGGACGAGACGCGAUGGCAGCCAUAUGGCGACGCUCCAGCCAGUUGCAUAGGCUCCCUUUCCAUCUGCAGUCAUUGCGCGUCAUCUCAGUUCGCCCUCUUGCGGCCCGACUUCUUGCUCACCCGCCCUCUCCCGCACAGGAUCCCUACAUCCUCCGCAACCAUCUCGGCUCGCUCGAGUGUCGCCUCUGCCUCACGCUGCACACAAACGAAGGCUCCUACCUUGCGCACACGCAGGGCAAGAAGCACCAGACGAACCUCGCACGGCGAGCCGCUCGCGAGGCGCAACAACAAGCCACCUGGGCGGAUGCACAGCGGCUCAUCACCGGCCCCGGGCAUGCCGAGACGGAGAAGAAGCGCUUCAUCAAGAUUGGCCGGCCGGGAUACAAGAUCACAAAGGUGCGCGAGCCGAGCUCGACGAACGACGACGACGAGGAGAGCGGAGGACGCAUGGGACUGCUGUUCCAGGUGCACCUGCCCGAGAUCAAGGAGGGAGUCAGACCGCUGCAUCGCUUCAUGGGCAGCUUUGAACAGCACGUCGAGCUGCAGAAUCGGGCGUGGCAAUAUCUCGUGGUGGCGGCAGAGCCAUACGAGACGAUUGCGUUCAAGCUGCAGGCGCGGGAGAUUGAUCGCUCGGACGGCGUGCUGUUCAGUGCCAUGCCGGGCGCGAAGCCAAAGGAGGAGCCGGGCACGUGGAGCAGCUGGGACGCCGAUACCAAGACUUUCAGUGAGUGCGCGCGCAGAGCCCAGCCCGGAACACGAGCGGGGCAUGCCGGCGGGUGAGCGCGAAAACGUCGGGCACGCGCGCCACUGUCGUGGGCGAUGCGGACUCGAAAGGAAGAGCAGGCAGAGGCGCAACGAUUGCUGACAACGGCGCCGCUCACAGCGAUUCAGGUUCUGUUCCGGUAACCACGUGGCGCCUCGACCCCCCUUGUACUUUAGCUAGCAGCAACGUCAUCUUCAUUGCUUUCUGGCC